AUGGCACAAAUGGACUCACAAAUAGCACCAAUCCAGCAAUCUGUUUUUAUCGGAGGAGUACAUCUGGACGAUGUUAGUAGUGGCAAAAUUAAAAACCUUUUAUCAGAUAUUAUCCAAAUGGAAAAUUGUCAUAUACUAAAGUUCAAGAGCGAAACUUACGGACAUAUACAUUUCAAGACCGAGAAUGAUGCUGGGUUAUUUUUUCAACGUGUUCAAGGACAAACCUUUGAAUUCGAAUAUAAUGAUGAUCCUGGCGAAAUUAAAACAAUUUCAAUGGAAUUUUUCCGUCAAAAGAAUCCGGAAGCAAUAACCAUACUAUUUAUAAGAUUCAGAAUAAUUAACCACGAACUGACAUCUCAACUGGGAGCACCACCAGUACCACAACCGCCAGCACCGGAAACAUCGAAAGCACUACCAAUACCGGGAACAUCGAAAGCAAUGAUGUGCACCUGGAAGAUUGCAAGCACUCUUGGAAGUACCUUUGGAAGGCAUAAAUGCACAUCACUGAUCGAAAGUACCACAAACACCGGGAACAACGAUAACAGCACCACCAGACCGGGCAUUGGGAGCAGCAACUCUGACGGCAUCUCAACAGUUAUCUCAUCAACCGGCAUCUUAACCGGCAUCUCAACCAAUGAUUAUUUGAGGUUUAAAGGCGUUGAUUACCUUUUAAGAGAUUCUUUUAACAGUAACAUUGGAGAAGACGAAAUAAUGAAAUUCAAAAACAUUCCUGGUUAUUAUUUUCUCCAACUCAACGAGGAAAGGCUUACAAAAAGCCGUUUAAACUGGACUAGAUACUGA